AUGGACCCACAAGGUUGUGAGCCUCAGACCGAGAGUUUGGAUUACGUCAGAAUCGAUGGAUGCAAGUCUGCAGAACUUGUAAAUAUAACGGAAUGUGCCGGAAGCUGUAGCAGCACCAGUUCGUACUCAUCUGAUCUCGACAAAUACGUCAACAAAUGCUCUUGCUCUGUUACCCCAGUGACGGAUCCGAGAUGUAUUGCACCGCCCGCUGCUAGCGGUUGUGAGAUUCAAUGUGUGGAGAAUGGCGACUGUGAAUCUAGCGAAUUGUGCUGCCCAGGCGGGGCUUGUGGGACGGUUUGCUUGGAGUUUGACCCAUGUGACCCAUCACCGUGUCAACACGACGGAAUCUGCGUUGCCGACGGAAGAGAUUUCACCUGUAAAUGCAAACUUGGAUUCACGGGAGCUUUUUGUCAAUUGGCUGAUGACGUAGAAAUUGAUCCCAAAUGUCCAGAACCAGAUCCCGUGGUAUGUGUAAGAAUGGGUGACAUAGAAUGUCUAAACAACGACGGCUGUGAAAGCAGAGAUAUAUGCUGCGCUGGUAGCUGCGGAGGAACUCAAUGCAUCGAAGAACCUAAGAAAAAGGUUCCAGAUUUGCUCAAGACACUUGCUCUAAUAGCCUUACUGUCUCGACCCAAACAAUGCCCGAGUGACUGCUUACAUACGGCUUGUCGUACUGGACAUAUCUGCCCCACGCAUAUCUACGCCACUUGUGGCACUACCUGUCCCGAUUGUCGUCCACGUUUCUAUACUAAAUGGAAUCAAGAUAUAUCGUCACUUUGCCAAUGUCAAUACCGUGUUCCGCUAGUUUCUCAUUGUGGAAUGCAUUUAUGCACCCAGUCUCAUUGCUAUGGAAACCCCGCUUUGGAAUGCAGAAUCAGCAGCUGUGGAGGAUGCAGGGCCGGAUAUUACGACAUUUACGGUCGUGAAAUUCUAUCUUGCAGUCAACCACAUAGAAUAGCGGUCAAAUAUGUCCAUGGGUAGUGUCAUCUGUGAUGCAAAUUCCAAUUUGUAACCGGAUAAACCGUUUCUUUGAUUAGAUUUAUAGGUUCCAUUCGUACCUCAUUAUUUACAAUGUAUAAUACACAAGACACCAUGGUGGCUAUUCACGAAAGCAUGCUAACUAUUUAAACCAGGUGUGUGCAAUCUUUAAUACACGAGGGCUAAAUACAAAUAUUUGGGUGAAACCACAGGCACCUUAACCUAACAUAGGCGGCUUUCUUGUAGUCGCAGACACAAAAAUUUUGGUUAUCAAUCUUGUGACAUGCGUUAUUCUCUUCGCAUAAGCUCAGAUAUAGGCUUUACAACGCGAAGGAAUUGGAAUUACUCGCAAGUACUAGAUUAAACUAAAUUUAAACUUGUCCGCGGGCAGUACACCAUUCAAAAAUUGGCAAGUUUUCUUUGUGUGCCGCAUUUGACUCGCGGACCACAGGAUGCACACCCUUGAUUUAAAUCAAGCACUCAUAUUCUUAUAAAAUCCAGCAGUGCAAUUCAGAGAGCUUGGUUACAAGUUUAAUAGUUUUCAGUCUCAUCGCUAUUUUUUUCAUCUUGCACUUAGAAGAAGAGAAUUUGUCCCCAAAAUGUUGAUAUUUAAAUAAGGUGAACAAAUUUGAGCAUACGGUAAUUUAC